GCAGGCAACAGUGCGAGUGCAAGCAACUGCAGCUGAAAAAAAUAGAUUGUAGGGUUAAUAUUUUCUGCUUGAGGCACGUUUAAUUCUCAUUGAGAGGAAAGAGGGUGCUGCUGAGUGGGCAGGGCACUGGCGAAAGGAGGUGGAGUGAAACUGCCUCUCCCCAUUGGCUGUUGCUGCUGUUUGUUUGUUGCUUUAUAUUUCCUUGGAAGUAGCAGAGAGUGCAGAGAGGCCUCAGAUCGCUGCUGAAGGAUCUCCCUGUGUUACAGGAAAGAUUGUGAGUUGAGUGAGAUCAGAUACCACACCAGAGCUCUCAGCUCUCAGACACAGGGCUCCUCCAACCAAGGUUACACUGAUCCAGCCGGUGAAGAUCUCUGGAGACCAUGACCAAGAAAAGAAUUGCUGUGAUUGGGGCAGGAGCGAGUGGGCUCACGUCUAUCAAGUGCUGCCUGGAAGAAGGCUUGGAGCCCAUUUGUUUUGAAAGGACUGAUGACAUCGGAGGGCUCUGGAGGUUUCAGGUAGAACCUGAAGAAGGAAGGGCCAGUAUUUACAAAUCAGUGAUCAUCAACACUUCCAAGGAGAUGAUGUGCUUCAGUGACUAUCCCAUCCCAGAUCAUUAUCCCAACUUCAUGCACAACUCCAAGGUCUUGGAGUAUUUCAAGAUGUACGCCAAAGAAUUUGACCUUCUAAAGUAUAUUCGAUUUAAGACUACUGUGUGCAGUGUGAAGAAGCAGCCUGAUUUCUCCACUUCAGGCCAGUGGGAGGUGGUCACGGAAUCUGAAGGGGAAAAGGAGGUGAACAUCUUUGAUGGAGUUAUGGUUUGCACUGGCCAUCACACCAAUGCUCACUUACCCUUGGAAAGCUUCCCUGGAAUUGAAAAGUUCAAAGGACAAUACUUCCAUAGUCGAGACUAUAAGACUCCAGAGAGUUUCACUGGAAAGAGAGUCAUUAUAAUUGGCAUUGGGAAUUCUGGAGGAGACCUGGCUGUGGAAAUUAGCCACACAGCCAAGCAGGUUUUCCUCAGCACCAGAAGAGGGGCUUGGAUCCUCAAUCGUGUAGGAGAUUACGGAUAUCCUAUUGAUGUGUUGCUUUCUUCUCGAUUUUAUCAUUUUAUGAAGAAUAUCUGUGGUCAAUCAAUAUCAAAUAUAUCUUUGGAGAGACAGCUGAAUAAAAGGUUCGACCAUGAAAUGUUUGGCCUGAAGCCUAAACACAGAGCUCUAAGUCAGCAUCCUACCAUAAAUGAUGAUCUACCAAACCGUAUAAUUUCAGGCCUGGUGAAGGUGAAAGCAAAUGUGAAGGAAUUCACAGAGACAGCUGCCAUAUUUGAGGAUGGCUCCAGGGAGGAUGACAUUGAUGCUGUUAUCUUUGCUACAGGCUAUAGCUUUGACUUUCCUUUUCUUGAGGAUUGUGUCAAAGUGGUCAAAAAUAAGAUAUCCCUGUAUAAAAUGGUCUUCCCUCCUAACCUAGAAAAGCCUACUCUUGCAAUCAUUGGCUUGAUCCAGCCCUUAGGUGCCAUUAUGCCCAUUUCAGAGCUCCAAGGACGCUGGGCCACUCAAGUAUUUAAAGGGUUAAAGACAUUGCCCUCAAAGAGUGAAAUGAUAAGAGAAAUAGCUAAGUUUCAAGAGAAUAUGGCAAAAAGAUAUGUGGACAGCCAACGCCAUACCAUUCAGGGAGACUAUAUAGAUACCAUGGAAGAACUUGCUGAUCUGGUGGGUGUCAGGCCCAAUCUGCUAUCCCUGGCCUUCAGUGACCCAAAACUGGCAUUCCAGUUAUUUUGGGGACCUUGUACUCCAAUCCAGUACCGUCUCCAGGGCCCUGGAAAGUGGGAUGGAGCACGAAAAGCUAUCCUUACCACAGAAGAUCGUAUCAGGAAGCCACUAGUGACAAGAGUAACUGAAAACAAUAAUUCCAUGACUUCAACAAUAACAGUGGCCAGGUUUAUGCUGGCUGUUGUCUCCUUUGCUAUAAUUCUGACCUAUUUUUAGCUGUUCCAUUGUCAUUGCUUCAGUUUGCUUUGAAAGCUGGAUCUAGAGAUGCCUUCAGAACCUGAUGAGAUUGAACAACUCUCUCCUUUACAUCGCCCAGAAAUCUACUUUUCCUUUUCCAAAGCAUUGGUCCAUGUCCCUCUUUUCCCUACACUGAAAUCCCAGCUUUCAUUUGUACUGACUUCCCUCCCUUCCUUUUAUGACCUAUCACUUUUUCCUUCCAGUAACCCCAGGGCUGUGAGCUCAGGUACUCCUUCAGUCAUCUUUGUAUGUCCUAAGCAGAGUUCCUGUCAUGCAGUAGUUGUUUAAUCAAUGUCUGCUGUCAUUUAUCAAAUAUGGUAGGGAGCAUAAGUCAGUAUAUUUAAAAGAAAUGGGUGACUCCAUGUAACUGUGUUUCUGUAAGAAUUUGGUUUUCUAACUAGAAUUUUAUUCAUUGUCUUUUUUUUUUUUUUUUAAAUGGCCACACCUGCGGCUUAUGGAAGUUCCCAGGCCAGUGACUGAAUCGGACCUGUGGUCCAGCUCUAACAAUGCUAGAUCCCUUAACCCACUGUGCCAAGCUGGGGAUCAAACCUGUGCCUCCACAGUGACCCCAGGUGCUGCGGUCAGACUCUUUUUUUUUGUUUGUUUUUUAUAGUUCCUUUCUGUUCGAGAGCAAAUGAUAUUGAUUUCAUUCUUAAAUUCAUUCAUUCAUUCAUGGGUGCGACAUGCAGGAGCUUGAUAUGGGAUCUCAGUUCCUAGACCAUGGACUGAACCCAGGCCACAGUGGUGAAAGCACCCAGUCCUAACCACCAGACCACCAGAGAACUCCCUGCAGUCAGAUUCUUAACCCACUGCACCACAGUGAGAACUCCUUUUGUUUGCUUUUAAUAUUGUAACUAAAUGUAUUUUUUCCUGAGUGAUUAGAGAAAUAAUGGUCCUAUAACAGUUGUAUAUAUCUACCAUAAGAUAUAUAGAUAUGAAAACCAUUUGUUCCACCAGUGUAUCUGAUUCCUGGUCAUUUUUACUCUUUUCCCCGAAGCAACACAUCUCUAUUUUAUCAAUGAAGAAAUGACCUUUAGCUUUCUGGGCUCAUGGAUCAUUCUAACAACCUAGCAGCUGCCAACAGCUUCAACCUGGCUAGAAAAAAUGAGUAUUUUAAAUUAGCUGUCCCAUCUUUUUUGAUCUCUUAGUUCCUGUAUUAGGAUGCAACAAGACUUCACCUUAGGGACUAUGAUAAGUAGCCACUGAGGCAGGAGAUAGAUGGGCCCCAGGCUGAGCACCUGGAAUCUGUCCCCUCUGGACAAAUACUUCAAGAAAAAAAUUAUGGCAGGAACAAGGAGGAGCUGAGUCCUGCUUGGCUAAAAGAUGAAGAGACCACACAUUCCUCAUUCUCAAGGUCAAGGAGACCUCCCAAACUACACAUGUGCAGAAAGGUUCCUCAGGGGUCAGAGAAGGGAGGCGGCACCCGACCAUAAUACUUCCUGUCAACUUGCCAGAAACUCUUGUGCUAGAAUCCAGCGUGGCUAAAAGAUGCACACACACUCACAGGGACCCUGAGGCAGGCCAAAUAUGAACUCAAACCAGACAGAGCCAGAUGACUAGCCAGAAGAACCCCAGAAAAACUGUCCCCAUAACUAGCCCCAAAGCACAUGGCUCUCUCUCUGUCUCUCUGCCUCUGUCUGUCUGUCUUUCUCUCUCUGAGCCCUUCUGUGCUUUCUCCACACCCAUCUUCUCUCCUAAUAAACAUUCUACUUGCCUCACUCCUUUCAGUCUCCUUGCUGGAUUUCUUCUCCAGAGAGACAAGGACUAGGGACCUACAUCAAGCCCCUGUGGUCAGUGGUUAGGAUUCAGCAUGCUCACCCCACAGCCACUACUGGGAGAACACCAUCAACUGCUCUAGUGUGGCCUACAAAUGUGAUUGGGUAGGCCACAAUUACUCUUACUCGCUCCCCUCCAUACCCUCCCAUGCAUAGUCUAAGUCAUAAGUAUUCAAAGAGGUCCUUUAUGUAAUAAAUUAGGAUUGAUCAUUACAAAAUAGAGGGAGUAUUCUGCUUAUAACAGUUUUUCUUAUGUCAUACAUUGUAGUUAUACAAAAACAAAGCAAACAAAAUGAAACCCAGGGACUCCAGGGCAUGUUCAAGUGCUACUGUUUUUUCAUCCUCAUAAUUUUUGCUCUGUUCGUCUCUCUCAGAGAAGUUAAGUAAGAGUUGGCCGUUGGGCACACUGAAUUUCAUGAUGAAAGAUACCGGAUGUACCAGCCAGGUGUGUGUUCAUAAAUAAGCUGUUGUGCAAUACAUUUUGGGAUUGCUGCCUGUUAUUUAACAAAAGAAUAAAUAGGAACAACUGAAAGAGCCACCUUGGAAAGUAUCUUUCCCAAAACAAAUAAGAGAAGCAGGAAUGUGGGAAUUCUAACUUCCUCCUAAUCAUAUAAGUAUUUGUAUAAUUCUCUGCUAUUUGCCUAAUGUCGCCUGUGGAAAUGCUUUUGGAGAAUUAGAAGGUCUUUUUCCUUCCAUAAUCUUUGUAAUACUGGGGAUUUAUCCUCUACUAAAAUGGGCCUAGUGCCUUUUAAUAUGAAAAUUAUCCUAGUUCAAGAGUAAAUGGAUUGCUGGCACAGCACUGUAAAUCACCUGUACUUCAAUUAAGCAAAGUAAAUUGAAAGUUGCUUCUUUUUCAUUUCCUCUUUUAACAUAUAAAUUGUCUCUUUCAGCAUGUAAGUGGGUUGAAUUAAGAGUUCUUGGAUAAUACUUAGUUUUCAGUAAUAAGUACCACAAAAAGUAAUGAAGUUUCCUUUUUAAAUAAAAAGCAUGUAAUUCUAAAUCCACUGACUCUCAUUCUACUUCUAAUAUGCAAGGUUACCAAAAAAGCAUUGAAAGCAUUGCUUAAAUUCUAAACCAAGCCAAAAGUAAGAGGUGCAUAGGAAAGGGAACUCAAAACAACUCAAGAUACAAAGCCCUAGUUAUUGAUGCAUGUGUAUUAAUAUUCAUCAGUUUACCACAUCUUGCUUUGGCAAUGACAUGAAAAGGUGAUACCAUUUUCCCAAUAUGCUUUCUUUGUACUGCCACAAAGUAAGGAAGUGCUCUAAAAGCAAACUAAUGGGGGUAUGUCAAAGGGACAAGGGAACUAACUGAAAGUGAUCCCAAUGGCAAAAGCUGGAACAAUGUGAAACAGCAAUAUAAAUAACCUACUACUGGACUAUAACAAAAAGUAUAAAAAUUACCCACAAGUCCAUACUGAUACAAAUAAUGGAAUAAUAAGUGAGGUAAAAUAAACAAAACUCCCAUACAGAAGAAUUCUAAACAAUUUACAUAAAUACUCAGUCCUCAAGGAUUUAAAGCUUGACUCCCCUCUCCUGAAGUGUAGGCUGCUAGAAUGACUUCUUUCCAAAGAGAACAGUAUGGAAAGGGGAGAAAAUAACUUUACAGUGGAGAAAUCUCAGCUGGGUGAUCAAGAUUAAGAUCAGCCGUGAAGUCAGGUUGAUAGUGUGUAUUCUUUGUUUAUUUGUUUUGGCUGACCCUGCAGCAUUCAGAGUUCCUGGGCCAGGUUUCAAAACCCAGCCACAGCAGUGACACUGCCAGAUCCUUAACAGGAAACAAUGACAGAAAAUGAGGCAGAACAGGUGAGAUGGAAUUUCAGAGGAACUGAUAGAUGGUCUGAUAGGAAUUUAUUGAAAUGGGACUGCAGUUUAGACUAGAAGAGGGUAAGCAGGGAAGAAUUUGAGAGCUUUCCCUGUGGAUGUUAUGGUGGCUCAAGGGUUUCUAGGCCUGCAUUUAUACUACCGCAGUGGGUAUUCAGGAAGGUUUCACAAAGAGAUGCACCAGUACCUGCCUUGUGGGGUUGCUGUGACGAUUAAAUAAACUCUUUCGUGUAAAACACUUAGUGCUUGUACAAAGUUGACCUUCACUAAAGGUUAAAUACAUAUAAGGAAGGUAUCACUUCUACAUGGAAUCUUGAAAAAAAAAGUCAAAUUCAGAGUCACAUCAGGUAGAAUAAUGACUGUCAGGGGUCAGGAGGUAGGGGAAAUGGGGAGAUGUUGGUCAAAGGGUAUAAACUUUCAGUUAUACCUUCUGAGAAUAUAAUGUACCGCAUGGUUACUAUAGUUAAUAAUACUGUGUUUGGAAUAGUUGAAAUUUGCUAUGAGAGUUAAAUCCAAAGCAUUGUUCAGCACACAAACACAAAGGGUAUGACGUGAUGGUUGUGUUAAUUAACUUGAUUGUGGUUAUCAUUCACAGUGUUUACUUGUAUCAGAUCAUCAUGAUGUAAACAUGUACUUUUGUCAGUUAUACCGCAAUAAAGCUGGAACAAAGAG